UGUCGAUCUUCGCUCCGGCUUGGAGAGCGAGGGAGGAGGUGGAGGAGCUGCUGACAGCUCCAGGUAUCCUGGACGUGCACAAGAGCGGGAUCAGGUUUAUCGCAAACAACGCAUGGAAGACCGAGAUGGAGUGAGUUUGGGCAUAAUUUCUGCUUGUGUUUGUGUGUUGCAUAUAUUCUUAGGUUGCAUGUGUUUGUCUUGUUUGUUUGUUUGUCUGUUUGAAUGUUGCAUGUGUGCGCGUGGAUGUGGAUAUGUUUGCUCGCAUAUCGCUGUGUGCGUUUUCUUGCUGUUGAGUGUGUUUGCUCGUUGCACAUCUUGCGUGUGUAUGACCUUGUGCGCGUGUGUGUUGACUGUUGAUGACACACCUGCCCUUCUCAAUACCUUUGUUUGAAGCCCUGCCUCUUGCCCUGCACGCACACAUGCAGACAUGCGUGGUUGCUUGCAUGCACUGUAGUGUCGCAAGCUUCAUAUGUGGGCAUCCCCUACACUGGGUACCGGAAAUACCCUUUUGCACGGUUUUAGUGCAGUUGGUAAGACACCACACAUCAUGCACCGUCAACUCACCUCUUCACCUACUCACGGCUUCGGCCUUGCCUUACUUGCCAUCUUGCAGAUUCUUGGGCACUGACCUCGGUGACAGUUGGGCGUGCGCCAUGGCCGAGGCAUUGAAGUGGAACACACGCCUGAAACGACUCGAGAUUCAUCAUGGCAGGAUUAGCACUAACGGAGCUGAAGCGCUCGCUGCCGCACUCAAGCGCAACUCAAGCGUCACCACGCUCUGCCUCCACUGUAACGCCAUUGGGCCAGAUGGCGCAGUGGCAUUUGCAGAUAUGUUUCGGCACAACACAAGCAUCACGCACCUCAGCUUGGGUGACAAUGCCAUUGGUGAUGACGGCGCCUUGGCUUUGGCAACGGUGCUCGGUCAGGGCAACAGCACUCUGCAAGGACUCUGGAUAUGGAAGAACGGCCUCACCGACAAAGCCGCGAUGGCGCUCGCGGGCAUGUUGACGCGCAACCAUACGCUGACGCAGCUUGGGGUGCAGGACAACUGCAUCGGUCCUGAGGGCGGCGAGGCCCUGGGAACCGCACUGGGCAGCAACGACAGUCUUCAACUGCUUUGGCUCCACAAGAACACCACUGCCACUGCUCACGCUUUUGGUGCUGCGCUACCGGCCGGUCGCAGGAUUGACACGGGCGACUGGUCAGAGGAUGACACUGGAAAAGCAGCCUUCAUGGAGGCACGCAGGAUGCGCUGAGGUACAUGGGAUUCGCGCAACAGGCUUCAGACUCAAAGACACUGACAAGAACCGUCCAGGUACAAUGACAGCCACACACUUCAGCCUGAGAUACUCCCAGAGGCGCAGCGACCUGCAUGCUGCAACCGAGAGCAGCAUAGGUCCGUGUGGUGUGAGCCGCGAAUGGUGAGCAGGAGCAGGCUCAGAGUGUCAGAGUUCUUGCGCACAUGUGCAGGUGUUUCAAUUGCUGUGUUCACACCCUUGCAGCCGUUGUCUUAGGGCUGUGUUAAUCAAUAACAACGGACACUUUGGCGCUUGCUGCGUUGGCA